AUGAGUAUUAUCACUCGCAAAGGCCCUAUAGUGGAUCCUGGCUUGUGUAGAUGUUGUGGCGCCAUUAAGAAAUGUCGCAUUAUGACCGUUGAAUAUGAUUAUUUGGAAACGAAAGAAGUGUAUUCAGAAAUUUUUGUAGACACUUUCGGUCUAGUGCUUUCUCAUUUAGAUGGUGAAGAGACAGAACGGCUAAUAUGUGCAACGUGUGUAGUCCGACUGCGGGAUGCUCGUGCUUUUAGACUCCAGGUUUUGCAAUGUGAGGAGAGAUUACUGAGUGCUGCUCUACAUAUUCAUGAAGAUGACACAAACACUUUAAAAGCCGAAGCAGUAGUGAAAGUAGAAGUUGAAGACCCGCCUCCACAGCAAGAAUCUGAAAAUGAGGUGUUGGAUACACAAUUAGAAGAUAGUGCUAUGGAUGAUGGUGGAAUAGAUGAUUACCCGGACCUGUUAGAUGAGGAUGUGCAAAUUAUAAAAAAAGAAGCAAAAUCAAAAUUAAAGAAAUCACCCAAGCAGAAGAAAAGUUUGAUUAAGAAGACUGUCGGUCGAAAGUCUACCGUCGCUCACGAUGGAGUGGCUAAAAAAGAAGUACUUAAGAGAAGGAUUAACCAGAGAUCGGAGAAUAGCGAAAGCCAAGAUCACUACCAAUAUAUCAAGAAACCAAACGUAGAAACCGAAUACAAAUCCUGUGCGAAUACAAUCACAAUAGUCGAAAACUCCUUUGUAUGCCCCUUCUACACUUCCUAUAGCAACUACUAUUGUAUUUACUGCAAAGAAAUAUUUACGGACCCAAAUCAACUACGAGAACACACCUCCACUCAUGACCCAACAACAUUCAAAGACAACAUAGCAGAAAGAAAAUUACUCUUAGUUGACAUUGUCCGAAUCGACUGUCGCCUUUGCCUGACAAAAAUUGAUGACAUAGAUUUAUUAAAAAGUCACCUUACCAACUGUCACGAUAAAAAAUUCUACCAAACUUCUAUGGAUUUUUUAAAGUUCCGUUUAACCAUUAAUAAUUUGACGUGUACCGAAUGCGGAAGUACGUUUAGUUUCUUUCACGCAUUAAAAAAACAUAUGGCUGAGCAUUUUGGUCCGUGUAUAUGUGAUAAAUGCGGCGCUCAUUAUUUCGAAGAAAGAAUGUUAAUUUUGCAUCAAAAGUCUCACCAGAAAAUAGAAGUAUCGUUUUCCUGUAAAGAUUGUGGUAAAACGUUUAAAUCUAAACACAGUAGGAAUUUACACGAAACUAAAAUGCAUAAGAAAGAGCCGGCGUAUCCUUGUUAUAAAUGCGACGAGGUUUUGUUCUCCUACUCUUUAAGGUACAGACAUAUGAUUGAUGUACAUGGUGACAAGAGAAUGUUCCCUUGCGAGCACUGUGAUAGAGCUUACGACAGCCGAAAGUCCCUUCGAGAACACAACCGUCGUUACCAUUUAAAAAUUUUGAAACACCAGUGUGACCUAUGCGAUAAAAGAUUCUACCUACCAUCGAGAUUAAAGGAGCACAUGGCAACACAUACGGGGGAAAGAAAUUUUCGAUGUGAAUAUUGCGGGAAAUCUUAUCCAAGAUUAAGGGGUCUUAAAGUUCAUAUGCAAUCACAUAAUAAUGAGAAAAAAUACAGUUGUGUUAUGUGUAACGCUUCUUUUACACAAAAUGUUAAUUUGAAGAGUCAUAUGAAACGGCAACAUCAGAGCUUAGAUAUAGAAGGCGCAUAUGCUGAAUAA